CGCAGCUUCCCGUGGAAAUUAUACCUGCCAAACAAGCACACGACCAAAUUUGAUUAGCCCCUCACUCCUGGAAGACAGACAGCGUACGAGGGAUCUGGGUAGUCCCUGCCCAGCCUGUGCAGCUCCUUGUACAGCGCCAGGGCCCUCAUACGAGGGGACUUGUUCGCCAUGGGCUUGACGAAGGGCAUUUAGUGGAGUCGUGUGCGGACCCGCGCGUCCUCCGUCGUCGUCCGGGCACAGGGGACAAGCGCCUGCUGUUGCCCAGAAAGUGCGACCACGUGACCGUGCAGACGCGCUUGGGCACGGCACGGACGCUGCCUUUCUCGACUCGGACGCGCUGUAUCUCCACCGCCGCCAUCGAACCAUUUUCAUUUGGUUUUUAUACGCACGCCGCCGUGGCUGUGUCUGACCCCCUCCCCGUCGUCCAUCACAAUGAGCGUGUUCAGCAAGAAGUCCUCUGCCAGCGAUGCAUCCGACGCUGAACGCGUCUACGAGCCCCUUCCCAUACCUCAGCUCGUGGAGAAGCUCGCAAGUCCACCGAAGGAGCUCGAGCUUACGUCCGAACAAGAGAAGGUGUUUGACGAAGUACUCGAGCACUUUGCGGCCGAGGAUUACCAACUUCCUUGCGAGGAGGAUAGGUCAUUGAAGGAGGCGGAGAAGUUCUGGCUGACGUGGGACUGUAUACACAGGUACUGUCGUGCAGUGAAGUGGGCAUCAGCCAAGAGUGCAGUCAAGCGUCUCGAGGAGACCCUCAUAUGGCGCCGAGAAUAUGGUGUCUAUGACAUGAUUACUGCAGACCAUGUCGAGCCCGAGGCCCUGACAGGCAAGAUGAUUCUCUUUGGCUAUGACCAAGGCGGUCGACCAGCCCUAUACCUCCGCCCGAGCAAGCAGAAUACGGAAGAGAAUCCCAAGCAGCUUCAUUUCGUCGUGUGGGCACUGGAGCGUUGUGAGGAUCUCAUGGGUCCUGGAAUUGAGAAUCUCACUUUGAUGGUGGACUUCGCUGACCGAGCGAAGAACCCAUCUAUGCAGACCUCGCGUGCGACUCUCAAUAUCCUGCAAAAUCACUAUCCUGAACGACUCGGCCGUGCCCUCGUCGUGAACGUCCCCUGGCUAGUGCACGCCUUCCUCAAGCUGAUCAUGCCCUUCGUCGACCCGCGCACGCGCGACAAGAUUCGCUUCAACCCGGACUGCAUCAAGGAGGGCCUCUUCGCGCCAGACAUGCUCAUGCGCGAGUGGGGCGGCGCGUGCGACUUCGAGUACGACCACGCGCGGUACUGGCCUGCGGUCGUCCGGAUGUGCGACGAGCAUAGGCAGCACAGGCUGGAGGUGUGGCGCGAGAUGGGCGCGAAGGUCGGGAUCCGCGAGUGGGAUAUCAAGGGGCAGGCUGAGAACCAGGAUGUCGCGGUGGCGGACCGGUCGGAGGCUGCGACGUUGUCGGAUGGUGUGAGGGGCAUCGACUUGAAACAAGUCGACGAGACUGACGCGAUUGUGGAGUCUGAGCCGCAGGCUGUUGCUAUUGCGACGUGA